GCGUGCCGAGAUCGAGCGAGACAUGCAAAGGGAUCUCGCCGAGGGCGAGUUGGACUUCGAGGCACCAUUCAUCCUCCCCGACACCGAGCUUGUUCCCGUGGAAAACAACGGGGAAACCAACUUCGUCGCCGCCGGAGAAACAGUUGACGAGGCGCUCGAUAUUAUCGAGGCGCUGCGCGAGGUGGAGCCUGAGGCCGAGCCCGCUGCUAGCUCCCCGCGAGGGGAUGCCUCCAACUUGGAACGCACCGGUGAAGGCGAGGACCUCGUCAUCGAGGAGAUGUAUGGCGCUCCACCGCCCGAAGAGGAGGUUGUCUUGAGCGCAGCGAGAGAGACAUUCAGUUUCCGAGGCGGAGACUUUGUCCUGCGUGAGAUGCCUCAGGACACGCUGCAGAAGCCACACAAGCGCCUUUGGUUUCAUCAUGGAGAUUUGCUCUUCUUCACGCGGCUUGUUCGAGGGAAUUUCACAAAAGACUUCCCUGAGCUCAAACAUGAUGGAGGUCUCUGGGUCAGCAUUGAGAAAUGCCUGGAUGUGUUCAACAAGGCCCGCAAGCGUCAUUGGGGUGUCCGACAAGUGGUCCAGAUGGUGGCAGAAGCCUACUUCCCCGUGAUCAUCCGCGCCACGCAAGGCCACAACGCCGCCAUCGCCAAGAACCCAGACACCGAUGUUGCGAUUGCGUCCGCCUACUACUCCGUCCUGGACAAGUCGGAGGCCAACUCGGCAGCCGCCCGCGAGGGUGUGCCUAUCGUCUGUUUGGAGGAUGUCCCAAAGAUCCUCUACCAUCGGACGAGCCGAGACAGCUUCCAAAGCAUCCUUCGGGGGGGCUUAGUCGCGGGCUCCCAGAGCAGCGGCCGGGUGCACAACUAUUUCGCAACGUGCCCCGUGUCGUCGGAAGCCUAUCGAUCUGGAGUUCGAGCAUACGCACCCGUCGAGAUAAAAUGGGAUACGGAAAAGCUCCUCAAAAGCGGGUGCCUUCUUUUCACCACCCGCUCCGAGGGCGUGCUAUGCCGUGAACCCUGUGCUCCCUCAGCAAUCAUUUCGAUCAUUGAUACUGUCAAGGAGGAGGUGCUCUACUCCCUGCGCAUCGAUGAUGCUCCUGAAGUUCCUAGUGGCUCCGCUGGAUCAACAUUGCCAUCGUGCAAACGGCAGCUUCCCGCAAGGGAAAGCCUAUCCUCAACAGAUGCGCAAAUGGCAGAGCCAGACGAUGAGUACGUGGAAGUGGAGGUCGAGCAGGAUGAGCCCAUGGGUGCAACCGAGGGCGAAGUGCCUCAGCCAAGGACUCCGCCGGCUACGCGCAUGACGGUGGAGGGCGCUGCUGCCAAUGUCCCCGAGCCGGAGAACCCCUUCGUGAUGACGGGGCCAUCCAUCUUCCCGUGUCCUACAUGCCAGGCAGAGUGCUUUGUGGGGCAGCAUCACUGCAUUCGCUGCCGCCACCGCCUCGCAGACUCAAAAGGGGAAGACCGACGCUUCAUUCAAGCCGCCCACCGUCGCAACCGGAUUCUAGACAGGUUGGCAACUGUCGGCGUGUCGGUCCACAACAUCAGUCCCUAUGAGCUGCAAAAGCUGGCGAGACACACAAAAGAGGAGGAACGCGGACAGAUGAGCUAUGAGGCUCACACAAUUCGCAAGGCGAAGGACAAGGUGCAGCGGGCACUCAAGAUCAAGGGCACCAGCUACAGGAGUUUGGCGGAUCGGUUCGACAAUGACCCAACAUUCGCAGCCAGACAGGCCGAGAACGGUUUGACGCGUGCAGACAUGCGCCUCAAGUUUACGCCACCGGCUUCCUGCCCGCACCCGGUCGAAGUCAACGCAAAGCUUGUCAUCUACGACGGUGUUGCCAUCGAGGAGUUGAAGGCUCUGGGUUUGGCGGAUGAUGACACGACCGUCAACAUGGGUGUGGGCUGGCACGGAACCUUCAUGGAUGUGUCUACUUUCGCCGGUUUGGCCCUCGGCAACGAGGAUGCCCGCAAGGCCAAGGUCCGAAGUGAUCAACCGGCCCGUGCACGCCAAUCCGAGAUUUCAAAAGCCAAAUCAAAGGCUGCUCCUGCUGCUCCACGCCAGCGCUGGACGGAUGCAGACUGGGAGCGUUGGCAGUACGGAGGCUACUACGGCCGUAACUGGUAUUCGGCUGCUGAAUGGCGCCGUUACUGGGGCCAGUGA